AUGGUUUCAGCGAUGUCCAUCCGUCACCUGCUGCUGGGAUUGUUGCCGUGCAUCACCGUUUUGGCCGAUUCUUGGCGGAUCGAUGGCUUCAACCCGGUGAAGAAAUUCGCAGAGGCCAAGCGAUUAUCCAUACGCCGCCAUAUUGAGCGUCGAGAGAGCACUGAAAAGUAUCAGCAUUUGAAUGAAAAGACAGAGAAGUACCUUGUCAAUGGCACGUCUAUUCCGUUUGUUUACUGGGAUCUUGGCGAGUCCUACGCUGGUCAGAUUCCCAUCUCCAAGGAGGCGAACGAAACUCGUCAGCUCUUCUUCUGGUACUUCCCUAGCACCAAUAAAGAUGCAUCUGACGAGGUAACCAUUUGGUUGAACGGAGGCCCCGGAUGCAGUUCUAUGAUAGGACUAAUUCAGGAGCACGGCCCAUUCACUUGGUUCCCUUCCACUUACCGCCCUGUCUACAAUAUCUACAGCUGGUCCCAGCUCUCAAACAUGCUCUACAUUGAUCAGCCCGCCGGCACUGGCUUCUCGGUCGGUAAGCCAGGAGUCAAUACGGAAGAAGAGAUUGCGCAGCAAUUCCUCGGCUUCUACCACAAUUGGAUGGAGACCUUCGGAACUAAGGGACGCAAGACUCAUCUCACUGGUGAAAGCUACGCUGGCCACUACAUCCCCUAUAUCGGUGACGCCAUGAUCAAGUCCAACCAGUCUGCCGACUACAACCUGUCAGGCGCUAUGAUGUUCAGCCCGUACAUCAGAUCUAAUCCCAAGGAAUUUCAGCAGAAUUCAGUCACCCUUCCCUUCCUCAACGAGAACAACAACGUCAUUGGACUGUACCCCGGCGUUGGAGACUACUACGACCGCCUCAACGCCGCCGACGAGGAAUGCGGCUACGCCGAGAUGCGUGAAAAGUACUUCACCUUCCCUCCCAAGGGCCCUUUCCCGCCCGGAAACAAUAGCGAUGCCUGCUCGACUUCUUCCAUUUUAUAUGACGGUGUUGGAAAUAUUAGCCCUUGCUUCAACGUCUACCACGUGUCUCAGGGCUGCCCCGGCCCAUCCGACCCCCUCGCCUGGGCCUCCGAGGGUGACAAUGCUUCCAUACCCCUUGGCUUCCACUAUGCAGAAUGGCACUCAUACCUCAACCUUCCCGAGAUACGCAAGGCCCUCCACAUCCCCGCCGGUCAGAGAGACUGGAAGGAGUGCUCAGACGAGAACCCCUUCGGUCCCACUGGCGAUGUAAGUCUGGAUCCCUUCGCCUCUGGUGCCCUGACCCGUGUCAUUGAGCACACGAACAACUUGAUCAUCGCCAGUGGCAGCCUGGACUACCGUUAUCCCACCAACGGUACGCUCAUGGUGUUGCAGAACAUGACCUGGAACGGACAGCAGGGUUUCGACGAGUUCCCAUCCAAGAACUUCUUUCUCCCUGCUGCCUACAGCGAUACUUCUUCUCAAAGUGCCGCUGGAAAGAUUGGUGAUUGGGUUGCACAGCGCGGACUGACUUUCGCUCGUGUGUUCAACGCCGGGCACGAACUUCCUCGAUAUGCUCAAGGAGCAGGAUACCGCCUCCUAGAGCAGCUUCUCGGGCGUGUCACGGACUUGACCAGCGACCUUAUGUUCACCGCCCUUCCAGGCGACUUCUCAUCACUCAAUAUAACUCAUGGUCGACCUCCCUAG